UCCAGAGAGGUGGGAAUGGAGCCAAAACCUCACCCUGGCAAGGAUGGAGCUGACCAGGACCUGCCCGGGACCACGCACAGGGAGGAUGAAGCAUCACCCCAUUGGGACCCACCGGUGAUGGGAUUUUCUCAGGCCUACCUGACGGUCAGCAUUGAGCCGCUGCCGCCCGUGGUGGUGGGAGAUGCUGUCACCCUGAAAUGCAACUUCAAGACGGAUGGGAAGAUGCGGGAGAUCGUCUGGUACCGGGUCACCGACGGUGGCACCAUCAAGCAGAAGAUCUUCACCUUCGAUGCCAUGUUCUCCACCAAUUUCUCGCACAUGGAGAAUUAUCGGAAGAGGGAGGAUCUGGUCUACCAGUCCACUGUGCGCCUCCCCGAGGUUCGCAUUUCGGACAACGGUCCCUAUGAGUGUCACGUGGGGAUUUACGACCGAGCCACGCGGGAGAAAGUGGUCCUGGCCUCGGGGAAUAUAUUCCUCAAUGUGAUGGCUCCUCCGACGUCCAUCUCAGUGCUCGCCGCCGACACGCCGGCGCCCUUCAGCCGCUACCAGGCGCAGAACUUCACCCUGGUGUGUGUGGUCUCUGGUGGCAAGCCCGCGCCGCUGGUGUACUUCAAGCGGGACGGGGAGCCCAUCGAGGCCACCCCACUGCCGGAGCCGCCGGCCGGCGCCGGGAGCUGGGCACCCCGUAACCUCCUUCACCGUGACCUGGAUGACACCAAGGUGCCAAAAUCGCUGGCGGCCGAAGCGGAGGUAGGAGGCGGGCGACUCACGGCCACUGUGGACCCUCCGCGAGGACUGGCAGCCGAGCGGGACCCUGUCACCGAAACCAUCCCCGAAACAGUGGUGAGCCGGGAAUUCCCGCGAUGGGUGCACGUGGCGGAGCCCAUCUACUAUUUCCGCCACACGCACGCGCCCGUCAGCGAUGGGACGGUGGAGGCGCGGGCCACCCUCACCUGGACCCUGAACCCCCAAAUCGACAAUGAGGCGCUCUUCAGCUGUGAGGUGAAGCACCCAGCGCUGUCCAUGCCCAUGCAGUCCGAGGUGACGCUUGUUGCUCCCAAGGGCCCGAAGAUCACGAUGACCCCGACAAGAGCCCGCGUUGGAGACACUGUGCGGAUUUUGGUGCAGGGCUUCCAGAAUGAAGUCUUCCCCGAGCCCCUCUUCACCUGGACGCGGGUGGGGAGCCGGCUCCUCGACGGCAGCGCUGAGCAUGAUGGCAAGGAGCUGGUGCUGGAGCGGGUGCCGGCCGAGCUCAACGGCUCCAUGUACCGCUGCACCGCCCAGAACCCCCUGGGCUCCACCGACACCCACACCCGGCUCAUCGUUUUUGAAAACCCAAAUAUUCCCAGAGGAACAGAGGACUCCAACGGAACAUCCUGCCGCCGCAGCUUGGAGCAGGUCAAUAAAGAGCUGCAGAGCUUUGCAACCCAGGAGUUGGACCCAGCUUCAUCAAUGCAGGCUCCCACCACCUCCGUCACAGUUCCACCACCUAUGGGAAGCUUGGAGAUCUCCCCUGAGCCACCAUCUCCUGGCCGCAAAGAGAGCAUCCUCCAGAUUGCAAACAGCCCCCACCUCCAGCUGACCAUGGAGGGUUCUGGGGUCACAGCACCAGCCAGCACACCGCCUGCAAUCCCCCAGCCAGGGCUAGUGGCCAGUGCUGACCUCUUCCAAAUACCACCACCCACCCACCUGGACCUGGGGAACUGCUACGAGGUGCUCUGCACAGCCAAGGCACAGAAGCUCAGCCAUCUCCAGGAGGCCGCCUACAAGGUGAUGAGUGACAACUACCUGCAGGUGCUGAGGACCCCAUCCAUCUAUGGGCGUCUCAAUGCUGGCGAGAGAGAGCUCAUCCUGCGGUGGAGGAUGAAGGGUAAGAUGUAUGUGGCUGUGGCAGAUGUCAAUGUGCAGGAGCCUGGCCUCCACACCAGCCGCCUCUGCUACUACAAUGAUGGAGGGGACUGCUGGCAUCGCCUCUGCCACGUGCCACCAGAAGUGGUCUCCCAGGGGUGCGCCAUGUGCAGCAUGUUCAACUACCUCUUUGUGGUGGCAGGCUGCGAGGGCACGGGUCGAAUGCAAAGACCCUCCAACCGUGUCUUCUGCUACGACCCCUUGACCAACAUCUGGAGGGAGAUCUGCCCCCUGAACCAAGCACGGCCACACUGCAAGCUCGUGGCCUUGGACGGCCACCUCUAUGCCAUCGGCGGCGAGUGCCUCUACACGGUGGAGCGCUACGACCCCCGGCAGGACCGCUGGACCUUCACCGCACCCCUGCCCCACGACACCUUCGCCGUGGCCCACACAGCCACGGUGUGCGAUGGGGAGAUCUAUGUGACGGGGGGCACUUUGCGCUACGUGCUGCUGCGUUACUCCGCUCGCUCCGACAGCUGGAGGGUCAGCCCAGCUGUCAGCAGCAAGGACAGGAUGGCUGAGAUGGUGAGCUCCAGCGGCUUCAUCUACCGCUUUGACAUCCACCGCAGCACGGGCAUCAGUGUCUACCGCUGCAGUGCCAAGGCCAAGCUAUGGUACGAGUGUGCCACUUACACUAUGCCCAACCCAUCCAGCUUCCAGUGCGCUGUGGUGGGAAGCCUGGUCCACUGUGUUGGCCGACGCUUCCACAUACGCUUCUUGGCUGACCACAUCUCACCACGCUUUGGGACCAGGGAGCUGCAGCCCUUCCCAUCACCCCGUGGCAACCUCCUCCUGGCCGUCCUGGUGCUGCCAGAGGGAGGGAUGACCCAAACACAGGUUUGAGGGAUCCAUGCUGGGGGUCUCAUGCAACAGUGGUGAUAUGUAGCUCAGACGUGACAUGAUGGUGAAAGCUAGUAGAAGAAGCCACCAGCCCACACUGGACUAGAUAGCAUGGGACCAACACUACCAGGGCAGUGUUACCCAUACCUACCAUCAAGUAGGUUUCCUUUCAGUCCCCGUAAGUAAGGAAGAAGACAAACUGCCCUUGGAUACUGCCAGUAAACCCAGCCUUGAAGACACAAGGAAGAGCAAAGCAGGACCUGGGUGGACUUAUUUACUUAGAGGUAUUUAAACAUAGGCGUGCUUGCUUGGAUGCAAAUAAACCACGGCUCGCUGCAGGCUCCCAGCUGUGCACUACCCAAUAAGUAGCUGCUUUACGCACCAGGUGUUUAACGUGGUGUUGACCUGAACAUGCAACACACAGGGGAUUUUAAGGUGGAGGAACACAGCAGGGAGGUAUCCCUAAGGAGGUAUCACCCAAGAGUCAACUCCAUCGGCAUCAAGCCAACAUUGAGCCUUCAGGCUCACAUAUCAUCCCAGGGCUGGAGGCUGGGGGCCAGAGGGCGCACUGCUCCUACUAUUACCUUCUCCUCAGCGCAGAAUUUUAUUUAUAUAUAUAUAUAUAUAUAUAUUUAUUGAUAUUUAUAUGCAUGCAAUGUAAACAGGCACCAUAGAUUUAUAGACAGCUGGCAUUAAAUGAAAUUAAAGUGAACAUUUGGUAAA